CCGACAAGCAAGCAAUCAAGCAAUAGGCUCCAGGUGGCUCUCAAGCACUUCACUGCCAAAAAAACUACACUAGGAGGCAAGUCCAACAGAGAGGCUCCCAGGAGGGAGUUGGGUUCAGCACGGAAGACAGCGAGAUUAGUAAAGCAUGAAUAUACAACCCAUGCUGGUGGCCAGCGUCUAGAGGAAAAGAAGAACACUUUGAGCAAUUAGCCGGGGCUGAAGUGUUGCUGCAAAGGGGUAGCGGGCAGCGAUCUACUGAACUCCCUCAGAAGGAAUUUUUCAACUGCACCUCAUGGUUUCAGAUGUCUCCUGCCGGUUAACCCCUGGGACUGGCUGACCACCACCACAGGCACAUCCCAUCUCUGGUGUAAUCAGACAUUAUACACCAGCCUAUGACCUGUUUACAACCAGGCAAGAAGAGAAAAAAACACACACACACUCCUUCUGCGUCUUCAAAGCAAACUGUUUCAUAGGCUGCCAAUUAGCUAAAGAGAUCACAUCUGUGCUGCUUCACAGAAUAAAUAAGGUGAGAAGAGUGACAGGACUCAGACACUUCAGAGGAGAUAUGCUGCGUUCAGUGUCCUGAAUACAUCUUGAGGAAGCAGAACUAAAGGGGGAAGAAAACUUCACUUCACAGAGGGGAUUACUGGACAAGUAAACCCACAGACUUCAGAGGGAUUACAUUUAAGGAAUUAAAAUAAGAAAAUUGACUGAAGAAGACUUUGGAGAUAAAACAAAAAAAGCACUCUGGAGGUGGUUUGUCACCUGAGUUAUGGAUGUUGGUGCACUUCAUUCAGCACAGACCCGAGCUCACACGGAGAUAACCAGCCAGAAACUAUCGGCUUGCCUCUUACUUUUCCCAAGUGUUCCAGUAUGUUUCUUUCUAUGAGGCUUUUUCUAGUACCGAGAGCUUCAGUACAAUGUGGAAAUGGAUACUGACAAAGGGUGCCUCAGCCUUUUCACACCUGCCUUGUUUCUUCCUGCUCUUCUUGGUCUGCUCUUUGUCCGUCACCUGCAAUGACAUUGGCAGAGACAUGCAUUCACCCGAGGUCAGCAAUUCUUCCUUGGUAGUCGGGAGGCAUGUGCGCAGCUACGAUCACCUCCUAGGAGAUGUUCGCAGGAGAAAGCUCUUCUCCUUUCACAAGUACUUUCUCAAGAUUGAUAAAAAUGGCAAGGUCAGUGGGACGAAGAAAGAGAACGAUCCAUUCAGUAUACUGGAGAUAAAAUCAGUGGAGGUUGGUGUUGUUGCAAUCAAUGCCAUGAACAGCAAUUAUUACUUAGCAAUGAACAAGCAGGGGAAGAUAUAUGGAGCAAAAGAGUUUGGUGUUGACUGCAAACUGAAAGAAAGAAUAGAAGAAAAUGGGUACAAUACAUACGCCUCAUUGCAGUGGAAGAACAAAGGCAAGCAAAUGUUUGUGGCUUUAAACGGCAAAGGUUCUCCGAAGAAAGGCCAGAAAACACGAAGAAAAAACACUGCAGCACACUUUCUUCCCAUUGUGGUGCCACUGUAGAUAUGGAUUCGUUCGGGGAAUGCUGCUGCACUGAAAAGAGAUGGAACUAUCAGGCUCACUUUAAACUUUUAUUUUAAAAAGAUGGCAAGGAAGGCACUAUUCAAACACAAGGACAUGUCUAGACCUCCAGCAGUGACACUGGAGAUGUGUCCCUAUUUUUGUUUUUAUCAAAACAAGCCCUUUAAACUCCUACAUAAUUGUAAUUGGCACAGGAGGUACUUUUUAAGGUGUUCUUUACCGAAUCAUUUAAUCAAAGAAUGGAUAAAAGGAAAUGGGAUGGAAGAUAUUUCCAACACAGAAUAUAUUGAUAAUCUUUGCGAUACUGCUAGAAGGAAAUGACACAUUCUAAUCGUAUUAUGUUAUAUGAUCUUUGGGAGGAGUCAUUUUUUAUGGCAUACUAACUCAUAUCAAAGACUUUAAAUGCACUCUCAAGCCUAAUGAUCCAAUUAAACAGUUAGACACGCAAACAUUUACUGGAAGCACUUGGGUCAGACGCAAUAACAGUGGGCUUCAGGAAUGACACGAACGAAGAACGGACAGGAUUUAGAAAUAUAAACAUUAUAGAUUAAACUACUCUAACAGAAUGAGUGCUACUGGUAUGCUAAGCUUGUUCUUCAUUCCUUUCUAAUCCUUUCUUAAUAAAUUAUUUAUUUUAUAUGAUAUUAAGAACAAAACUUAACAUUGUCCUGUGGAGAUUUGAGUUUGAGAAACUGAAAAUAAAAAUAAAAAUGUAAAUACACUAUACUAUCACACCAAAAAUAUGUCCUUUUGUUGUAUCAUAUAUUUAGAAAGCACUGAUUUUAACUUAUUGUACAUUUUAACAGUGAGGCAAGUUUUUUUUUUUUUCUAAAGACGGGGAUUAAGGCAUGCGUUCAAUGAAAGCAAAAAAUUGGCAUGUACAGCAGCAUAAUGUGGCACUAUCAAAACAUAACUGACAGGUGCCCACAUUAAAUUGUGGCUAAGCAUCUGAAAUUUCACACUCUACAGGAUUAACAUGUUUUCUUUCUUUUUCCCACUGCAUAUAGACAGUGUGUGAAUCCUGGCGCAUUAGAGCCCAUCGCAGGUUCAUUUUGAUCAAUGAGAUGCUACAUAUUCACUUUGUAUUCCAUUAAAAGUUACUGCAUUAAGGCUCUUUAGAGUGUCAAUAGUAAAAUAAAAUAAAAAUAAAAAAAGGUUCAAGUAGUAGAUUAAUAUUAUUUUGUUAUGAAUUCACUAAAUGAUAAAUCUAUGAGAUUAUAUUGAUGCGCUGUUUGUCUUCAUAAUUUUUGCUGUGAAUGUCAGUUUUAUUUUUAUUGUUUGGAAACUGAAUUAUUUUGGUACAGAGCUGUCAUUUUGGAGAGUCAAUUAUAUUUAAGUUUAAACCCUUGGAUUGCUGGUUUUGUUUGAUCCCUUAUAAGUUAUUAUUAUGCAAUGUCUAGCCAGCACUUCCCUUGUUAUCUUGUCAUUGAAUAUGAAAUCUAAAUAAAAUGUUUCCCCUUGUGAAAAAUAGAAUGGUUGAGUCAUUCUAUUUGGUUUCUUAAAUAAAGUUGGAUGUU